AUGAGCGAUAGGGACGAAUUAAAGAUUUCCUUAUUUGACGUUUACAAAAAAGCCAACAAACAGGACAGAAGGCUCAUAGAUGUCAUGAUUAACCUUUUAAAUAAGCUUCCGAAUGAAGAAAUUAAAGAACACGACAUUGAAGGGCAAGAAUUGAUAGUGAACUAUACAGAUCCUAUUAUCAGUCCUCUGCUACAUGAUCCUGGCCAUGACAAGCUGUUUAUUUGGUAA